AAAACAAUGGCGGUGGACGGCUUGACCACAACAGAGCAGUGGAUCAGAGAAAAGCUCCAGCUUCAGCACAGCUGUUUAGCGGAUGUGCGAUCGUUGACUCUUCCAGGAACAUACGAAGGGAAAAUCUGUCAUUUAGGAGCAUCGCUAAAGAACUUUGUGCGUCUGAAGUCUCUGGAUCUUUCCCAUAAUGCACUGCGCACAGUUCAGGGGAUUGAGCAUUUGGAAAUGCUGGAGAGACUGAAUCUGUACUACAACAGGCUGGCGUCUCUGCCGGACGUCUUUUCCCUGCACAAGCUGCAGAAUCUGAAGGAACUGGACUUGCGGCUCAAUCCUGUGGUCAGGAAACACCCGCUUUACCGUUUGUACCUGGUCCACACAAUGACCAAACUCCGCAAGCUUGAUGACUGUCCAGUGCGAGACCGAGAAAGAAAGGCAGCUCUCAUGCAUUUCUCAUCCGAGGCAAAUCUAGACACUAAUCAUAAGAAACAUGCCUCGACACAAGACACAACGUGCAGAAGUAGUGAGCUCCGAAUCAAAGCCACGCAGAAGAUGAUGAAGACGCUCUCGCUUCUCGAGGGGAACGAGGAAGCUGCGCUUAAUGAUGUUUGUAGAACGAGAGCUGAAACUCUCUCCGUCCGCUUUGAGAACGAGCGCAGCCCUCGUCUGUUCCAGGAAAAUCCUUCCGAAUCAGAUAUCAUACAUUUGAUCAAUGGACCGGAGUGCGAAAGGUCGCCAAAACAAAACAAGGAGUCUGUUCCCAAGAGCUGGGAAUAUAAAAAAGAGGCUCCUGCUGGUUCUCAGCGAGUGACGUUUGAGAGCCGGAGUCUGACUCACGCUACGGUUCGAGGAGAGAGCGUCUUUACACCUCAUCCUACAGAAAUGCGGUCCGAUUCGCACGCUCUUAAAUGGCAAAACCAGCUUCAGGACAGAGCAAAUCCAGUCCUGCAUCCUCCCAGAUUAACCUACCAGAUCACAGGAGCCUCGUCGGCAUCACCGAGAAAAUGCAAACCACAAAAGGGUGCCUACAGGAAGCCCAUGGAGCUGCUCCUCAGCAUGAUGGAGGAGCUCUGGUCGGGGAAGAAGGAGAAUCAACAAAACAGGACCUUCCUCAUGAAGAUGGUCCAGAUCCUCAGCAUGAUGGAGCAGGAUGUUGUGGCAGGAGAACAGCAGAUACAAACUCUGCAAGAGAUGCUCAAAGCCUUGAAAACACGGACUGAGUUACAGGAAAAACAGCAUCGGUCUGAGACUGAAGAUCUCAAACUCCAGCUCCAGCAGGCGCAAGAGUCCAUCCAAGCCCUUAAUGAACAGAUGAAGAGCGUGCUGGAGGAGAACGUGUCUUUACAGAAACAGCUGAUCAAAGCAGAAAACAAGCUGCUGUCGUCUCGGCUGAAGAAGAUGCCAGACAUGCAGGACAGAGGACAGCAGACGGUCCCUGAGGAGUUAAACGUGAAAAGGCACACAAUUCAGGAGGGCAACGGAGCGAAUGAGCCGCAGGAGAGCUACAGGUCUUUGAUUGCCAGAAAUGAGCGUUUGCUGCAGCAGCUGGAAGAGGCUCUGAUGAACUAACUGCUGCAAAUGAAGAGCGUUCCUCCAAUAGACAUCUAGGUUUCAUUUAUUAUAAAUCUGCAAUAUAAAGUUACACCUCGUAUGUAAAUGCCUUUUGUUUUAUAUACUCUCUCUAAAGCAGUAUGGCUUCUGUUUAUGUCACACAUGCAUAUCUUGAAGUUGUGCAAAUUUGCUUGUUCGGUUCGUUCAACCGGAGUACUUUUCUAUUCAGAUGGACCUUAAACAGGAUUUCUGUGCAUCUUAAGAAGUCUUAAUUUGCCCUUCCACAAUUAAGGCCCUAAAAAGUCUUAAAUCGGGGCAGAAAGUCCCGCAAAAAAAUGAACAUCUUAUUUUCCAAUGCAAAUAUCUAAACAUCUUU